CACACAGGCCUCGAAGGUAUCCGUAUCGUUAGUUAAUUCGCUGGAAAGCUCCGGCUUUGAGUCGGGAAAGCUUCGUAGUCAGCGACUCAAAAAUCCAUUGGGACAUAGCAACAUACUGGAGUACAACACCUUGACAUUACAAACGAAAAAACAACGACCAAUGUCGUCUCUUUCACCUUUGGGAUUUACUGUUACAAACGAAGAAAUUAUGGGCUGUAGCAAGAUGGAUCAACAAGUCGGAGAAAAUUACGUAGCCAAGAGCAAAGACGAUUUUUCAUUGAAAGAAGUGACUCAACAUAAACAUCGUGAAAAAUACGGACGAGAAGAGAUCCGCGCACCCGGAUUUCACGGCGACAGUCAAAUUUCAGGAUCUUCCUUCUACGACAUGUGGUUGAGUUCCGGACAUGGAAGAGAUUGUUACUCCGAUUCAGACGCAGAAACGAAUCAUAUUACGGAUAAUAAUAAACUGAAAUCUCUUGCCCACCAAAAUAAGAUAGGUAAAAAUAUGGAUAAAACUGAAGAUGAAAACGACUUCAAAGAUAGUGGAAUUAGUCCAGGUAUUGAAGUUAUUGGUGAAAACAUGUACGAUGCAGAAAAAUGUAAAGAAAGCGAUGUUGAAGAUUGUAAAAGUUGUCAAAUUCCUGGAGAUGUGUAUGCAGGACCGUCUAAAUUGAGCGUUAAAGAUGAGAAAAAAACGCACAAUUUUCGCACAAGAGUUAGGAGAAUACAGAAUCUUUUAUCUAUACCCAAUCGUAUGGGUUAUCUUCAGCAUCCAAUCAAAAUAUCGUUAGCAAUUGUGGAUCGUGAUGGACCUGGUGAAAGAAGCGUUGCACUGGAAAAUCCCAUGGCAAGACCACUCGAAUCAGAAAAGAGAAAACAAACUAACAGCGAACAACUCGAAUCUUUUCCAGAAGAUUCUCUGAAGUCUGAAGAAAGCUUAAAUUGGGCCACAAACUCAGGAGAUAUUGAUAAAACAACUCAAAUUUCUCAUGUUUUCCAAUCCGACGCAAACACCUCAACUAAAUUGGAUACUACUUCUCUGAGUAGUAAUUUUAUAAGACGACAAAAUAAAGAAGAAGCUAUAAGUGUGCCACAGGACAAUCGCAUUGGUUUACACGACGACUGUGUGCCGAGAUAUACAAAAAUCGAUGACCGAUGUGAACCUCAUUUGAACAAAUCCGCGACAAAGCGUCAGCAGACAGAUGAAUUACCAUUAGCUAUUUCAACAGACGACGAUAUCUGGCUAAAAACACAAAGCUUAAAAAACCUGGAGGCAGAUACCAUUGAUUUAACUGGCGGAUUAACAGAUGACAAAUUGGUUAUGGUAGAUACUGAAAGAGGAAAUCACGCAAGUGGCAUUAUAACCGAAGAAAAUAAUAAUUAUCCUGUUGAUGGAUGUGCUCACACGAAACCAGCUAACGAAACUCUAUUACCGGGUGAGAAUCAUUCAAUCGAACAAAACAAGACAGGUGAGGAACUAAUUUUGAAUCCAUCAAAGUUAUUGGAAAAUCCAUCGAACGACUACGCAACAAAAGACCUAUAUAAAAAAGAUCACGAAGUCAUCAUCAAACCAGGUGCACUGGAUGCAGAAAUGAGAAACGGGGGAGAUUCCUCAAUUUUCACAGAAGGCGAUUCAUUCAAUAUGACAUACAGUAAACUUAUAAACGGGGGAAUUUUUGACGAUUAUACUACAAGACACGACAACGAAACCUCAGCAGAGAAUGAAGUUCUACCACGUUUAUCGCCGACCCCGCCAAAUGCAGUUACAAAGGUAACCAUCGGCGAAAGCAAUUGGUCUCCGUACGUUUCAGAUAGAAUACCGAUCUUACAAUUGAACGGGGGAGAGUUGCCAUCAAUGAGUUUUGAUGAAGUCGAUAACGAGUCAUCUGACUCAACAAUAUCGAAAUUGAGGGACGUAACAGCAAUUCUGGAGAAAACCGUAGGGCAACAGAUCAAAGAAAAUGGACUCAGUCCUCCAGAAGAAUACCCACAAAGCAGCACACUCUUCCAAGACAAAAUCGUCAGAACUUACUCCAGGACACACUCUAGAGCUCCAAGCAAUGCUACUCGAGAUCUCAUGGAAGGAAAAGUACCGACUCAUCGUCGAAGACAAACAAGAUUUGUAAUGAAAAAUGGUCAUUGUAAUGUUCGACAUGGAAAUGUUGAAGACCGUUCUCGGUAUUUGUCUGACUUGUUCACAACCUUAGUAGAUUUGGAUUGGAGGUAUAACGUGAUGAUAUUUACGACGACAUACACAAUCACUUGGCUUGUUUUCGCCUUCGUAUGGUGGUUUAUGGCGUAUUAUAGGGGGGAUUUGAACAAAGAUGGCGAAGGUGACUGCGAUAAAGACCCGGAACCUGUCUGCGUCAUUGGUAUCAAUUCGUUUACGUCCGCCUUUUUGUUUUCCAUCGAAACGCAGGUAACCAUUGGUUACGGAACAAGAGCAAUAACGGAUCAUUGUCCUGAAGCUAUUGUACUAUUACUCAUUCAAAGUCUUCUAGGAUCAAUAGUAGAUGCUUUUAUGGUUGGAUGUAUGUUCGUCAAGAUAUCGCAACCAAAGAAGCGAGCAGAGACAAUCAUGUUUAGCAAGAGAGCAGUUAUAUCUCCAAGAAACGGACAAAUGUGCCUUAUGUUCAGGGUGGGAGAUUUGAGAAACUCACAUAUUGUCGAAGCUCAAAUUCGUGCGAAAUUGAUCAAAAGUCGACAAACACAAGAGGGAGAAUUUAUGGCGCUUGAUCAAACAGAUUUAAAUGUUGGAUUUGACACAGGAGCUGACAGACUUUUCCUUGUUACACCUCUGAUUAUCUGCCACACAAUUGAUGAAAAAUCCCCUUUCUGGGAAAUGUCAGCAGAUGAUUUGAAACGAGAAGAAUUUGAAGUGGUCGUAAUUUUAGAAGGCAUGGUGGAGGCCACAGGAAUGACAUGUCAAGCGAGAAGUUCGUACGUAGAAGACGAAGUACUCUGGGGACAACGAUUCAUGCAAGUCUUGAUGAUGGAAAAGGGAUAUUAUGAGGUAAAUUACGCAAAUUUUCACGAUACAUUUGAAGUUGACUCCUCAACAGCUAGUGCGAAAGAACAAGUCGAAGAACGAGAAAAACAACGCCAAAGAGAGAAUUCUUCCGGAUCACUUCAUAUGCGCAAAACACUGCCUAGGUCACCAAGAGUUCAAGAGAACGCGAGUUUAAGCUCUUGUUUUCCAACACCCACAGUACGACGAAAAUUUACAUCAGCUGCCGGCAACAACUAUUACCCUAAAGAUAUGCAGGGUAUAGAAGAGGACACAACAAAAGAACAGCACGAGAGCGAAAUAAUCAAUGCCAAUAACAAUAGUAAUUCCUUACAAGAUGUUCCAUCAAUGCAAGGCGCACCAUUCAGCAAACCUGAUAUUCAUUCAUGCGCAAGUGAAACUGACGUAUCUAGACUUGAAAAUGAACAUGACAUACUUUGGGAAACGAAAGACACAGGUAGUGAAAAAUAUUUCAGAAAAUCAAUAGCUUCUUUGUUGGGGGAAGGUGCUGCUAGAUCAAGCAGAACAAACUUACAAUUUCCAAAUGCUGGUUUGGGCCGCCAACAUGCCAGGCGACACACAACGGCAUCUACUUCCAUGCCUUCUUUUCAUGAUCGUUUCAGAGUUGAAAACGGAGAAAAUCCAUUCAGCGCCUACCUCGAAUCAGCUCCUGACCAAACCAGUGCAGAUAUUGUCUGACAGCCAUCUAUCUGGUCGUCGAAUACAUAAAAAGAGCAGAUCGUAAUUGCGAUAACAUCGUUGGCAAACUGGUAUCGUCCGUCCCUCCUGCACAAGAUCGAAGUGACAUGCCAAGAUGAGUACGAUGAUAGCGUUCGUUGGAAGACGAGUGGUGUGAAAACCAUGACACGCCCAGGGACAUUAUUGCGUAUGCGAUGAAUCGACAAACAGAAGGUUUUUUUUAGCAAAAAGAGGUUGAAAGCAUUUGUCAGCAUUCCACCCCGAAAUGAAAUUAAUUUUGAGUAUAGGAUGGUGUGGAUUUCAGCAUAACGCUUUAAUUAUAUAUCAUAUCAUUUUUUUGUAACAUUUUAACACAUAUGGAAGAACUUUGCACACAAUGUCAUUCGUGAUCAGUUUGAGUGGUUGGAAACAUAUACCCUAUUGUUAUGCUCUAUUAGCACUAACUAGCCGCUUUGUUAGUUCUAACUCCACACUGGUUCUUGGUUAUCAAAUUUACAAUUCAUUUAGUCAUUUAUCUCAAAAUAGAAGACAGCAUUUGGAAUAAUUGUAUAUACAUGUAUCUGUCGAAGGCAUGAUUCAAAUGCAUAAAUUGGAACAACGUCAUUAUUUACUAGAGAUUUUUUCGUUCGUUGCGACCAUUAGUUCUAUACUAGUGGAGUUUCUUCCAUUUUUGUUUUGUACGGACCUGUAGUCUGACCAAUUCUGCUUCCAUCUUAGACAAGGAUAGAUUUUAGGCGUUGAUAUUUUGUUUCCCCGUCCAUUUAAAUAAAAGAAAGUGUACACUGUACAGGACGUUUUGCCAAAACGUUUUAGUCCGAUUUUGUCUAUCCAGUUUAUCACAUCCUGGAUGUGUUGCAUGGGUCCAUAGUACUGAAUUGGUCUAGAUAGAUUAACUAAAUUUAUUUUCAUUCUUCCAUCCCGUGUUAUCAAUUUAAAAUGUAUUAACCGUUUCAAUUAAUUCAUUAUGUCUUAGACUUAGAAGGUGAAAUGCAUGUACUGUACUCCUAAAACUUCAUGCAGGUAAAUUCCCUAGAAAAUAUACCCAUCGUGGUUAAAGUUGAAUAUAGUGUUUUCUAGGAAAUUUCGAAUCGUUCCUCAUGAUGUUUUAUUGGGAAUUAUACUGAUCUACAUUAUUUAAGUUAUCCAAUAGGACAGAUAAAUUUUUACACGGUAUUUACUUUCUGCCUGUGUAGACGUUAUGAAAAAGGCACAUGAUAUUGAACGUAUUUAUUUUUCGCUUAGUUUAAAUAAUAAUAGAAUAUGAAAAAACUGUUAAUCAUGACUCACACACUUCUUAUGCAUUCUAAAAGGCAAAAAAUAUAAAUGAGCAUAUAUCUAACUUGAACUUUCGACACCGGAAAUAUUUCUAUAUAAUUACUGGAAUUUUUGAUUUACUUCCUAAAAAUUAUGCAAUAAUACAGUGGGUAUUUCCUAGUUUAACCAAGACGGCCAAAUAUCAGCAAAGAUGUUUUACAAAAUCGUACGUUACAUCAAUUAUAAGGGAUUGACUGCGUUUAAUAACCGUGCUUUAGUUAAUCCCAUACACAACUUAUAUCAAAAUCUUAUUCCGAAUCUAUACAUUCUUUGUAGGGGCUUCACGGCACGGAGCAUGUACUUUUGUUGUCUUCAACAUUCGCUUCAAUGUUUUGAUUUUCCUUUGUAUCCUCAACUUUAUUGAUAUAUAUUCUUAUUAUUUCAAUUUUGUUUGAUUAAUUUUUUAUUAUUAUCAUUGAUGUUAUCACGAUUAUUAUUAAAAAUAUUACAUUAAUUAACAAAAAUUUAGAUUUUCUGUAAUUAUAAAUGUGAUUUUUUUUCAAUUUUGAACGAUGAUUCUUCCAUUUUUGACAUUAUUCGCUCUAUUUGC